UGUUUAGAUCCGCGGACAACAUAACCUGCUCACACCGAGUACUUGUCCAACUCCAAACUGUGUUUUUCUGCUUAGCACUGCACUUUCUUCGACAAACCGGAGACCUCUUCUCUUUUGUCGCUUGUGCCGCGCGCUAGAAAGGACUGGACUGCCGUUCAGCGCUAUUUGUUGUCGCUGUAGGCAACACAUCAACCUGUAGAAGAGCAAACCUCUGGGUCGUUCGUUGGCUUUGUCGUGAAGAUGGAUCUUCAGUGUGACAUAUGUUUUGCGGAUUUUGAUUUGGACACGCAUCGUCCCAAGAACUUACCGUGUGGACACACCAUCUGCAAAGAAUGUGUCGAAAACCCCAAUCUCGGGAGGAAGUGCCCCACUUGUAGGAAGGAUCUGGUGACGGAUCCCGGCGACCUCCCCGACUCCAACAUCGUCAUCCGACUGAUUGAAACCGGUGGCGUCCCACCCUGCAAGAAGUGUCGAACAGAGAACAGCGACCAGCAGCGGCUGCAGCGCGGCGUGGACGCGGGCAGGAAGGUGGUGGCGGCGCUGCGGCUGGCCGUCCCCAAGGCCGUGGAGGCGCUCAACCGCCAGCUGGACGCGGCCGUCGCCAGGCUCCGGCACCUGGAGAGGGCCCUGGAGAAGGUGCAGCGGAGUGCGGCAGGUGAUGAGGGCACCUCACCGGCGCAUCUGCAGCUGGCACGGCAGCUGGAGGACAGCCUCCGCCUGCUCACCACCACCAAGUGCAGCGUCGUCUCGGAGGAAGAAGGUGGAUCCAUCUGGAAGGCCGAUGUGCAGCUCGACGGGUUCGGCGACGUCUUCCGCCUUCUGUUGCUGAAGCUGCGCGCGGACUGCGAGCUGGCCAAGGUUGAUGACAUCCCCUGCUCCACCGCCGCUUACGUGGGACCACCAAUGACAACCACCCUGACCAUAACAGAUGAAGAUCUCUCUGAAAAUGAUUUAAAGGUGAAUGACAUCGUUCGCGACAAAGAGCGGUGGAAAUAUGUUCGCUGCAUAAAGGGCUUGAAGGGCGAGGGCUCGGAUAAACUACUACGUGUCCUGGCGUCGCACCCGGUGCACCUCGAGGAGCUCGGGUGCCCCGGUCCGGUAGAACCGAAGGUCAUGGAGGAGGUGCUUAAACUGACUUCACUCAAACGGCUCGCCAUCGAAUGCGUUGACAAGUGUGACGAGUACCCGGACCUGCCGUUGCAGCUGGAAGAGCUCAGAAUAGGCUCUCCAAGCGAGCGUCAGCUGCGCUUUGUGCAGCGUAUGAAUACCCUGCAGAGCCUAACGGUGAGGAAUUACUUUGGUCCCAAUGUAACUUUCACUCCCUCUCAGUAUGGGAUACUGCGCUGGCUGCACGUGUCCCUCAACACUGCCCACAAGCCCACUAUGCUCUCCCUGGUCCGCGCGCACGCCUCGUCACUGCGGGAGCUGCGGGUGUACUGCACCGUCAGUGACGACGAACAUUGUGGUGAGUUCUACUUCCCCGACUUGGGACAGGACCUGGCUGCUAGCGGUCUGCUGCACCUCAAGCGGCUCGUACUUCGCCGUCCGAAGGGCCUGUGCACGGAUGUCGCUGGCUGCCUCAUGCAGCUGCAGAACCUCCGCGGCUUCCUGCCCUCCUCGGUGGAGGUGGUUUGCUCCGCGUGUUAGACAUCUUCUCUGUGAUACUGCUUCUGCAGCACCUGCACUAAGAAAGAAGCUCCCGCCGUCCAAAAACAUGUCAUUCUAUCAGUAAGUCGUGUGUGUUUGAGUGUGUGUGUGUGCGUGUGCGUGUGCGUGUGUGCGCGCGUAAGGUUUGUUUUUUAACUUGAUUGUCUUAGAAUAAUAAAAAUAUACAUUUAUCUUGA